UUGCUAAACAGAUAGAUGGCUGCCCAGAGAAGUUAUUUGCGGCUAAUAUCCGCACAAAGCCAACAAAGAGAUCAUGGCGGCGGUGUUGCAGAGGCUCACAAAAUGAGUCAGUCUCUGCAAGGCUCGCUGGUUCGCAACACUACUGAGACAUAGAUUUUAAAUGACCAUGGAGGCUGCUGCAGACACACAGCAAAGUGGCGACACUGCUGUCUCUGAGCCUGAGACCCAGCAGAUCACCUUAACUCAGGGGUCCAUAGCAGCAGGCCAGGUGACGUCCACUAGUCCCACAGUCACUCUAGUUCAGUUACCCAACGGUCAGACGGUCCAGGUGCACGGAGUGAUCCAGGCUGCGCAGCCCUCCGUUAUUCAGUCCCCACAAGUCCAGACAGUACAGAUUUCCACUGUUGGCGAGAGCGAGGACUCUCAGGAAUCUGUAGACAGCGUGACAGAUUCUCAGAAGAGGAGAGAGAUUCUGUCUAGAAGACCUUCUUAUAGAAAGAUUUUGAACGACUUAUCGUCAGAUGUUCCAGCAGUGCCUCGAAUCGAAGAAGAGAAGUCGGAGGAUGACUCAGCCCCAGCAAUCACCACAGUCACCAUGCCCACUCCCAUCUAUCAGACCAGCAGCGGCCAGUACAUCGCCAUUACUCAAGGCGGAGCCAUCCAGCUGGCCAACAACGGCACAGAUGGAGUACAGGGCCUGCAGACUCUGACCAUGGCCAACGCUGCCGCGGCUCAGCCGGGCGCCACCAUCCUGCAGUACGCUCAGACGAGUGACGGGCAGCAGAUCCUUGUUCCCAGCAACCAAGUGGUUGUACAAGCUGCCUCUGGAGACGUCCAGGCCUAUCAGAUCCGCACAGCUCCAACCAGCACCAUCACUUCUGGGGUCGUCAUGGCAACCUCGCCGGCACUUGGUUCAGGGAGCACGGAGGAGGUAACGCGCAAAAGAGAAGUCCGACUUAUGAAAAACAGGGAGGCCGCUCGAGAGUGCCGCAGGAAGAAGAAGGAGUACGUCAAGUGUCUGGAGAACCGCGUGGCCGUGCUGGAGAACCAGAACAAAACCCUCAUCGAGGAACUCAAAGCUCUCAAAGACUUGUACUGCCACAAAUCAGAGUAGAAAAAACAUCACCGAACGCCUGCCGGGUGCCCCGUCUGCCCCCCCUUCCCAAAUGUACAGAGACUCAGCACAGAGCACCUGGAAGCCACGCUCACUUUUCUACUCUUUGCUUUCUUUUUAAAAACUGCAAAAUAUCUGUAUAAAGACUCACCAGGAAUAGGAAAUCAAACACCAUGCUGAUUCAGCGAUUUCUGUUCACAUCAGUUUCCCAUGAAAAGGUGGAGCAAUGAUGCAGGGUCCUAGUGGUGGAUAAAGAACCACAGAAGGGACGCAUUCCAGUCACUGGUGCCUGGACUUAACGGGCAACAUCACCAGCAACGGAGCAACAUCACUGAUGGAACUUUUUACAGUGUAACCCCUCAAGAAACUUGGAUCGUUUGAGACUUUACCUUCGUGUGCUGCGUUUGUAACUGUAACCGCGCUCCUGCAUUAACUUCUGUUACUAAUGCUUUGAACUUAGACGGGCUGUGUCAUGGAUGUUUUUAUCUUUUAGCAAUGUUUUCAUUGACAUGUUGGAUUUGCUCGCAUCAUGCCAUUUUUUUUUUACUUUAAUUUGCUCUGCCUUGUCAUCAAAAAAGUUGUGUUAUGUUGGGUUGUUAAAUGGUUUUUAUGUUAAAUGUAGCUUUAAAAAAACGCUUGGAAAAGGCUCAUAUGGAACAUUUAUGGUUACAGAACUCCUCAUUAUAGGAUGCAUAUAGGAUGCAUGUUUCCAUUCAUAGAAGUUGGGCUCUUUGUUUCUGGUUCCCAAAAAUCUUUAAAAAUACGUCCGAAGAUAUGAUAAAGCAGGCAAUGAAAUGUACUUCCUGCGUGCUGUAAAGUUGUACUAAUGGCAAAAUUUGCUGCUUGUAUAACAAAUAAUAUUAUUGGGGUCAAGCUGUUUUUUUGUUCCCCUAUCUUUUAGUGAUAUUUGAACCCAUGUUUAUCCUCAUUUUCAUUUUGAGCACACCAAAAACAAAGAGCCUUAGCUGCUAAGUAAUGAAUGUAUGGAAGCCCUAACCUGCAAUUUCCACAAUGUCCGUGUCCAAAGCACUCUGUUGCACCACGAUUGAACUACGCUUGACAGCACACGUGUUCGCCCACUGAAGCAGCUUGAUCACUAGCUCACAUUGCAACAACAAACAAACUGCAUGUUUACCUUAAAAGACACUGUUAUGACCUAAUGUGGGAGAAAAGCUGUUAAAAAGUGGCAAAAAAAGCUGCCAGCCUGGUCUUUGUUGUGUUCUGUGGUCCAGCAUGUUUUGAGCAGCAAAGCAACCAGUGACUUGCUGCCUAUUUGCUUCCUUUUUUAAACCAAAUGUUGAUUUAGUGACAAGAUAAACGUCAUGGGGCUUUGAUGCUUUUCUUGACUGACUUCCCGUCUGGGGGCUGCAGAAUCCGGUGAAUGCCGAGAUAACACUGCACAAGACCUGACGUGAUUAAAACGCCACCCCGUUUGUUGUGCAUUAAGCAGCUGCUUCACUGCUCAGAACAUGCUGCAAUGCAGGGUUUUUGCGCCACUUUUUAACCGCUUUUCUCCCUCAUUUGUUCACAACAUGGCUUUCAUAUUAAAACAGGGGAUAUACCGUUAUUCUUCAGGUUUUGAUGUAACCAAUGGAAAAUUCCCCCUUUCACUCUGUAUUGCAAGCAGAGUGCCUUUUUAACUGAUUUUCUCCCUCGUUCACUUUCAAAACACAAUGCAUUCAUAAAGAAACCUGAGUAUACUGUUAAUGAAGAUAAACCUACUGCGGAGCUGAUUUACUGCCCGUUUGCUUCCUGUUUAGGUGUAGUUUUCAAAUAGUGACUGGGAAAAAGACUUUCUGACUUCCUGUAUGGGUACUUCAUAAUCUGAUGUUUCAAAAUACAUUACAUUGAUAAGAAAAACAGGAAGUAUACCUUUAAGAAACUCACUUUAGUGGAGAGCUGAUUUGCUGCAAUUUGCUUCCUGUUUAGAUGCAGUGCUCAAAUUGUGAAAGGAUAAACACUUCCUGUUUGGAUGCUGCAAAAUUUGGUGUCUAAGCUCCACUUUUAACUUGCUUUUUCAUCUAAAAGGGUGGCUGCAGAAAAUUCAUGCUGAGACACAACUGCUUUACCACAAGUGCAUGGAUAUGCCACUCUCCAUGUACUGCACGAGACCUAAAGCGACUGUAAACUCAUCCCAUUCACUGUAAAUCACAAGUGGCACCGCUUUUUAACGGCUUUUCCCCCUCAUUUGGCCAUAACUGCAUUUAACAAAGACAGGAAUGUACCGUUCAGAAAACAGACCUUGCGUAGUGCUAAGUUGACUGAAAACACUCCUAACCAAGGAGAAGUGGGGGAGGGCAGAGCGACUUGUGAGCUUUGAGCUUUUUCACGACAAUCACUACAGAUUGAGAGCUCAACUACCGUAUUACAGCUAGUAAAUGGGCACACUCCAUACAGGGAAAUUGGAUGGUACUAAAAGAUAAACAGCUGCACAGAAGUGGCUACGAGGACGAUGGGUUGGAUUUGCAACGACAGAUUCUGGAUUUUACAGUUGAUCUGCCUGAGAGCGUACUGUGCAGAUGACAUAUGUGGAAAUUGCAGGCAAUAGUGCAUGCAUUCAAACAAUUUAUUAUGCCCACUUCCUGUGUUAAGAAGAAACUUGGCUGUUUUCUUGAUCUAAACUUACUUGCAUCAUUAUCUUGGCUUGACAGCACUGGUAUUAUUGUUUAUUUCAGUCAUUUUUUUCAGAAUUUAAGAAAUUAUUUUUGGAAAAACAGCACUGCUAUGUCAAGACAACCAUAAGAGUAAGUAAAAAUGUUGAGAAAACAGCCCACAUUUACUCCUUGUCACAUGAAAAUUGUUACUCUUGGGGGGUACAAAAAGAAGCAUUGUACUGUCUUAAAAUCUGUACUCUCCUUUAAUGGUUUGUUUUAGAGAAAUUUGCGUUAAUUUUGUACAACUUGGAAUGCAAACAUGUUUUUGUGCGAUGUGUUUGAUAGCACCACGACCCAGGAUAUUGUGGCGUCAGCAGAGGCCGUCUUCAAAAUCAGUUUACAGGGAUGCAGAGUGGCAUGAGCACCUUCCUUGCAUAUACAAUCCAACCACAUUUCACAGGCUGAACGGUGAGAUCCACUGAUGAUUAGUCAAGAUCUGUGAGGGUUUUUAGCUUCACAGAAUCAUCAUGCAUUAGACAUUAAAAGUUUUUAUAUGUCACCAAGUACAACACAUGUCAAACUCAACUAAAGGAAAGUUGCGGCUGACUCCUGAAUAAUUCACCGUGAACAAAGCAGAUAUUUUAUGAUCAUGGAAUGCCAUAUUGUAUUAUUUUAGCUAUUAUGUAUUGUCAUGACAUAGAUUGCUUUUUUAUGUUGCUUUUCAUUAAUUUUGUAUUCACAAUUUCUAAAUGUCAGCACCAACUUGUAUGAUACAGUGCAUUAUGUUAGAGCUAUUCAAAUAUUACAUUUUUGGCAGCUGUUAAUAAAUGUGUUUCUGGUA